AUGUUCAUGGUCUCCAACCACACAGAAAAGCUGUACCUGAAGAAGCGCAAGAACUUCACAAAGAUCUCCAUCGAGGCCGGGGCAGACAUCGUCCCCGUGUACUUCUUCGGCAACUCUCUCUUGCAUGGCCUUGUUGGUGGGGAGGGCGCGGACAACUGGCUUUGCAGGCUGUCUCGGAAGUUCAAGACAGCGUUAGUCCUCUUCUACGGUCGUUUCGGUACGCCCGUGCCGCGGAGGAAGGAGCUCAAGAUGGUGGCAGGGAGGCCAAUUGCCGUGGUUCAGUCGAAUAACCCUUCGGAUGAGUAUGUCGACGCUCUUCAUGCCGAGCUGCUGAGGCGGGUAGAGGAGCUGUACUACAAGCACCGGCCUGACUGGGAGACGCGAAAGCUCGUGAUUACGUGAUCGGCGGAGAGAGGGGCGGGAUGGCGACGCAAGAAUCCCCAGAAUCGAAGGUUGGCACGCCCGGGCUGUGUAAAUAUACACGAUGUGCAUCAGACGACAUGGCGCCAACGUUUUACCAGAGCACCCGCUUGGUCGACUGACACGGGCGUUUACCGGUUCCAUCGUUCACCGUUUCCAACUAUGGAAAGGAAGAUGAUGGUGCCGGGGGUGGGGUGCAGCGUCCGUGACAGAAGAGUUGAGACGGAAUGGAGGCCUUUAGAUGUAAACCUGUUCGUCGAUCGACGCUACUGUCCUUUCUCUGAUCUUGGACAGAGGAGCCUCAACAAGGGUAACGUCGUGUCGCUUUCGUUUGGUGCUGAUCGUCCCAGUAAACACGUAGAGAUUAUCUGUAGUGUCUGUAAUCGGGGUGGUUAGCCCGCCCUCUCUGGACGAUAUCCAGUGAAUUAAUGAUAAGUGUUUUGCCAGGCGAGCGAAGUUGAUUGGGUAGAGAAGAAGUGAGUAUCUGGGUGGUGAAGCGAAUCUUUGAACAGUGAAGUCGCUUGAAGAUUGACCACAGCAACCAUUCUGGCGGGUAUCAUGCGAAUAGGUGAUGCCAGGCUGAAUGUGUACGUUGUUAAUUGGAGUGGGCACGAUGUGGAUUGAUAGAAUAUUGAUGUUCGUGUGUAUACUAGCAUGCUUGAUAGCGAUUUUUGAGCCACACGGAGGCACUUGCCAAGAGUGGCGAAAGCCGGCGUGAUUAUUACCGAGGAUUGUGUGUGUGACU